AUGGACCGCCUGAAAGCGAAACGCUCUGCUAGACGAACCCAAUCAACGAAAAUCAUUAAUGAGGCGACGACGCUGCUGCAGAGCGACUGCAACGACCGCACGGCAUUCAGAAAGGUUAUCGACAAACUCGUCGCCAGCCGUGACGAGCUUCAGAAGAUCAAUGCCGAGCUUGAGGACGUGAUUCCUGUCGAUGAUCUUGAAAGAGAGUACGAGUCCGCAGCGCAUUAUGACGACCAGACGCUUGAGACCCUGACACGCCUCCGGGACCGACUCGAAGAUCUCACCGUCGGCAGCACGGUGCUGACUCCUCCCUCAACGACGCUCAAUAUGCCACCUGCCCCAACGACAGUUGCGUCACAGAGCUUCGGACCUCGUCUCCCAACGCUGACCAUCAAGCCUUUCCAUGGGGACGUGAGUCAAUGGACGUCGUUUUGGGAGCAAUUCAAUGGCGCGGUCCACACGAAUACAACUCUGCGCACGACGGAUAAAUUCCACUACCUCCGCAACUACCUGCUAGGGGAAGCAGCAGCUGCCACUGCCGGACUACCAACGACUGAAGCGUGUUAUGAGAGUGCCAUCGAUCUGCUAAAGCAGAGGUUCGGGGACAGGAGCCGGAUUGUACAGCAUCACUUCAGAGCGCUCCGCGAAAUGCAGCCCGUGACGUCUCCAUUGGAUACGAGGGAGUUGCGCAGGCUGUACGACGGAGUCCAGCUGAAUGUCCGCUGCCUCAACGUCCUAGAAGUUCCAACUAGUAGUUUUGCGGCGAUGCUCUACGACCUUCUGAUUCAAUAUCUGCCACAAGAAAUCGUCGUGGCAUUCCACCGCCUUAACCGUCUCCAGGAUUACGCACGAGGCACGGAACCCUCUGCUUCAGGGGAGGCAACCACAACGUCUUGCAAGAAACUCGAGCAGCUCUUGCGGUAUACACAGAUAGAGCUUGAAACAAGAGAGCAUUAUGCUCCAUCGGCAUCCUCCUUCAAAGGUGGUGGGUCCUACAGAAAGCAUGUGCCAUCGUCAUCAGUCAUGCAUGCAUCGGUACAAUCAAAACAAAUCCGCAACGAAUGUUUCUUUUGCAAAUCUACAAGACAUGCAACCGAGGUAUGCAACGCUACCUUGACCAUGUCAGAGAAAAAGAACCGGCUGGCUAAAGCUAUGAGGUGCUACCGAUGUACUAUAAAAGGCCACCGCGCAAACGAGUGCCGGCGGAAGUUGGUGUGCGCGGCCUGCAAAGGCAGGCAUGCUUCAACGAUGUGCGACCCAGCUUUUCGAGCGACAAGGGGCGAGAAGCCACAUAACGUCGUAUUUGAUGCUACCAAGCCAAUGAAGGCAGAGAUUCCACGGUCGACUGCCGUUACAAGCUGUCAACUUGACGAGACCAUUAAUUUACAGACUUUUCGUUCUUGGAUCAUCGGUUCCAACGAGACAUCCUAUGUCAGAGGCAUCUUCGACGGAGGCAGUCAACGCACGUUCAUUAAGGAAGACCUGGUGGCGCGAUUGGGACUAAAAAUCAUUAGAGAAACAUGCAUAGCGGUGAACACGUUUGCGUCAGACGUUCCUUCUCGUGUGAGAAAAUGCAAUGUCGUCGAAGUUCGUCUACGUAGUCAAUUUGAUGAUAGCGAGUACAUCAUUGAAGCGAUAACCAUGCCAGUAAUUUGCCACGACAUCUCUGCCACGGCUAUGGAGUGUUCAUUCGCAGCCAAAUUACGCGAGCAAAGUUACCACCUGGCGGACGAUCAAACUGUGCCUCGAGGAUGUGGCGAGAAAGGCAUUAGCCUACUCAUAGGAUCUGAUCAGCUUUGGAGCAUCUUGAGCGGCGACAUCAUACGCAGCACGGAAGUGCAAGGAUUGGUCGCGGUCAAGACUAAUCUCGGCUGGACACUACAAGGUCCUACCAUGAAAACGAGCUUCAUAAACGGAACAUCCGAAGUGAUGAUCUGCGUCCUCCGAGUGCAAGCUGGAGAAGUUAAAGGAUCAGACCGAAGCACACUGGAGUCCUUUUGGUCGUUGGAUGCUAUGGGAAUUGCGCCAAACGAAGCAACUCAUGGGCACGCAGACACGAUGUCUGUUUUCCAACGUAAACUUGUAAAGAUUGGAAAGCGGUACCAAAUAGCCGUGCCGUGUAAAGAACCGGAUAUUGAGCUACUACAAGACAAUUACAGCGUCGCACUCAAUCGUUUACGAAAUCUGGUUAAGCGCAUCUCGAAGCCCGAAGGAUUGCUUGAGAGAUACGAUACGGCGAUUCGUCAGUACAUUGUUUCCGGCCAUGCUGAAGUUGUACUUGACAAGGAAUCGAUAGAUGGCCCUGCGUACUACAUGCCACACAGGGAGGUUAUUUGUGAGGACUCGCUCACAACCAAGCUCCGCAUGGAUUUUGAUGCGUCCUCUCACGCCAAAGGGGAGAGAUCUUUGAACAGUUGCCUCGAAACUAGCCCGAACCUAAACCCGGACUUACUGCAGGUUCUCCUUCGCUUCAGAUGGUACCUAGUGCCUAUGACAGCAGACAUCGAGAAGGCGUUCCUGCAAGUGGAGAUACGAAAAGAGGACCGUGACCUGUUCAGAUUCCUGUGGUUUGACAAAAGUCCUGCUGUUCCUUUCACGGAAGAAGCGGUAGAGGUUUAG